UGGUGUAAUUUUCCUGUUUUCCUGGUGUAAAGUUCAAUUACUGUGUAUGAUGACAUCCAAGGUUUUUUCAUUGGACUUGGAUGUGGGAAGUUUUAAUGAUCAGCAGAUACCAGCUGCCAAUGGAACAUCGACUAAUUUCACAAGGUUAAUGUCUUCAUUGUCUAAACUGCUGCAUUAUCUACUGGGAAUGAUUUUUGCAUUAUUUGGCAAAACAAAUUAUAAUGAUCCGCAGAUAUCAAGAACACCAAAUGGGGUUCUGUCGUUCAGGAAUCGUUCCAUUCAGCAAAUAGCUUGCGGCUUGAAGCAGACUGUUUUUGUUUUAAGUGAUGGAAAAGUUUAUGUUAAUAAUGGUGGUAAUGGCAAACCAGAGCGUAUGUCUUCUUUGGAUACAUUCUUUAUUGUGCAGGCUGCCUGUGGGGAUGGACACAGUGUGGUCUUAAGUAAUAAAGGUCAUAUAAUUAGUUGGGGUCAUGAUUCAAAAGGUCAAUGUGGUCAUGGUUCAGCGAGCAACAACAGACCGAAGCCAAGUGUUAUACAUUCUCUAUCUAUGGAGUUCAUCGUCCAAGUCUCCUGUGGAUCAAAGCACACACUGGCUCUUGCAAAAAGUGGCAAGCUGUUUGCUUGGGGUGACAACAGCAGACUCCAGCUGGGAUUCACCACUCAUCUUUACAACACCUGUGCUGUGCCCACUGAAAUUGCAUGCUUGAGCGGUCUGCCAAUCAAGCAAAUAUCUUGCGGAGGUGAUCACUCCCUCGCUCUGACGUUUAGUGGCGCUGUGUUCUGCUGGGGAAGCAAUGCAUUCGGACAACUUGGAGUGCAUAUUGGAAGAGGCUGUAAAUUUCCACAUGAAUUAGAUUUUCUGCAAGGGCAGGAAAUUUCCGACAUUGCCUGUGGACAGAAUCAUUCAGAGUUUCGCUCAUUGAAUGGUGAGGUCACGAUCUUUUCGAUGAAUAUGAUAGACACUCUUGAAAGCUGGUCAGAAUUGCAUCCAGAACUUAAACAAAAAGACAAAAAGAUAGUAUGUGGAAGAUGGUACACCUUCGCCUUUAUACCUUCCAGCAGUAAUCUUUAUAUAUUUGGUUCAUACGAAUUCAUCUUAACAUUGGUGGAGAUCAAGUCAUUGUCGGACUAUUUCUCUGGUGAUACUUUGGAUGCUAAAGGCCGAUCCCUAAUCACCAACAUAUACUCUGGUGGACCUACCUGUUAUUUUAUCACCUCUGAGGCUAACCAGAGGAGCAAUAAAAAUGUUAAACAGGAUGAAAAAUGUUCAGAUCAAAUGAUUUAUCAACUAAAUUCAAAAUCAAUAUCGGAAAUUGCAGAGAUAUCACACUCUUCAGUUGUUCCAGACAAUGUUAAAAAAGCCAUCCAGAGUUUGUUUUCAUCAUCGGCUUGUUUGAAUGCAUCAUUCCUUAGAAGAGAUCAUUAUUGCAGUGAAGAGGACUCAGGACUUAAUCUUGUUCGAGCAAGAAAAGUCUUCAACAGAAUUUCCCAAAAACAUAACAUCUUAUCAGAGAUUUCUGAGGUAUUACAUAAGCAACUGAGUCCAACACUAUUGAUGUCGCCUCCUGGUGUAGAAGCACUUCGCCUUUACUUGUUACUACUGGAAUUUCCCACAAUGCAAUUCCCUGAAUCGUACCUUCAAUCUAUCAUUAGCAUCACUAAAGCAUUGUGUAAUCUUUCACCUAAAUUGUCAAAAGUCAUUGAUACCUGGAUUGGAAAUCUCCCGCCUGGUCGUUUCAUACAUCUUAUAACUAUUUUCAAAAAUGUGAUGGUACAUUUGUUGUCCGAGCAACGAGAUGGACCAAAGCUCACACCUGAAGGGAACAUAACAAUUGCCCUGGACAUGCUCACGAAACUCUACAAGGUCUUUGAAAAGAAAGAAGAGAGUAUCGAACAUGUUUCAUACACAUCGUUUUACAUUCCUGAGAUCAAUUUACUCUGGGAAGGGUCAACACUUACACCUAGAUCAGUUGAACUGCUAAAAGAGUUCCUGGAGAAGUAUCCAUUUAUUCUGGAGAAUACUUUAAAGAUGCACCUUAUCCUAAUUGAAAGCCAAGAACAGAAACAGAUUGCAGUGGCUGAAGAAAUGUUUUAUCAGAGGAUGUUGCUAGGAAUCCGGUGCAACAUGUUCAUAAACCCUGGAUUGCAAUGUUUUUGUUGUAGUUGUCCAACGUUGUUAGUAUUGACCAUUGAUAGACUAGACAUUGUAGCAAGUACUAUGAGGCAGCUAAACGGGAAAUUGCAAAGAGACCUCAAAAAGAAAUUGCGGGUAAACUUUAAAGAUGAACCUGGAAUAGAUGAUGGUGGUCCUAUCAAGGAGUUCUUUCUGCUGGUAUUCAAAACAUUUUUUAAUCCAGAAUUUGGGAUGUUCAAGGAAUUUAGCAAAAGUACAGGAACAGUUUGGUUCAACCCUCAGUCUCAUAAGGAUAGGUCAAUGUUUCGAAUGGUUGGUGUACUCUGUGGUUUAGCGAUCUAUAAUCAAGUUAUUGUGGACCUCCCCUUCCCCCUAGUACUCUACAAAAAGCUUCUCAACAGGCCUGUGUACCUGACAGACUUCAAGGAAUUGGAUGAGGGAAUGGCAAAGUGCUUAAAAGCUAUCUUAGAUUAUGAUGACUACGAUCUACAGGAUGUAUUCAACAUGUACUUCCAAAUAUCUACAGAAUUCCAUGAAGAUGUACAAACUUUUGACCUCAAGAAAGGGGGAAAAUACAUUCCUGUAACCUAUGACAACAAACAAGAGUAUGUGGCUCUGUAUGUUGACCACAUCUUCAAUAAAUCGGUGAGGGCUCAAUAUAGUGCUUUUGAAGAGGGGUUCUUACAGGUCUGUGGUGGACCAGUUCUACAGAAAUUUCAUCCUCAGGAACUGAAGACUAUGGUUGUUGGCAGUGACAGUUAUGAUUGGAAAGAAUUUGAAAGUUUGGUUGAAUACAGAUACAUCAGCAAGACACAUGAAACUAUCCAGUUUUUCUGGCAAGUUUUCCAUGAUUUCACAUUGCAAGAAAAGAAGAAAUUUUUAGAAUUUUUAACAGGCAGUGAUCGGAUCCCAGUGCAGGGCAUGUCUCAGCUAAAAAUGAUAAUCCAGCCAGCUCUUGGAAGCUCUGACUGUCUACCAUCUGCUCACACCUGCUACAACAUAUUUGAAUUACCUUUGUACAAAAGCAAAGAAAUAAUGAGGGACAAGCUGUCAAAGAUGCUAGAGCACAGCAAAGGAUUUGGGCUUCAGGAAGUUGUGGUUUCAUACCCAGUCCCAUUGUUUCCGUUGUUCUAAGGAGGAUUUCUGUCAUCAGCUUCUGGUGCUGGCGUUUGUCUUUGGUGAUGAGGCAAAAAUCAUCGGGGAAUAGUAGUGUAAUAAAUUUUUCUCCUUGAAAGUGAUAUCCCUACACAUCCUCUUUGGAUUUUAGCUGUUCGAUGAUGGGGUUAAAUAAGAAUAGUGAUACAAUAUAGAGAUACCUGUAAACUCUAAACCAUGCGAUAAUGUAAU